UAUGCAAUUUUAUUGUUUUGUGUUUGUUAGUGUCAGAGACAGAGAAGAGGCUAAUUCGUUUGCUCUCUCUAUGAUGUACGGGAAAACGGCUUACCACUAUCAGAUCCAGCAGGACAAAUCAGGGAAACUGGCUAUGCCUGAGGGAACAAAGUUUGACACACUGUGGCAGCUGGUCGAGUAUCUGAAGAUGAAGCCUGAUGGUCUGGUAACUGUCCUCGGGGAGGCCUGCGUCAAUGGCAAAAAUGUAGAAGAGAAACCCAGUGUUCCUUCAGAAAGGCGAGGUAGAGGUCGACUGAAUCCAUACGUACCGCCACCUGGAGCUGCUGCGCUGGUCUCAAAGCCAGUUACUUCUGUGCCUAAAGAGUGCGACCUUCUGCCCAUGGAUUGUGAUGGAUUUAAUCCAUAUCACAACCCGAAUGAGAUCAAGAAAUUCAACAUCCAGCGGGACCAGUUGAUCAUUGAUGAGGUGGAGCUCGGCUCUGGAAACUUUGGCUGUGUCAAGAAGGGAGUCCUCAGGAAAGAAUCAGGCCAGGUAGACGUGGCCAUCAAGGUGCUGAAGAGUGAAAAUGAAAAGCUGGUGAGGGAUGAAAUGAUGAGGGAGGCAGAGAUCAUGCACCAGCUGGACAACCCGUUCAUCGUCCGCAUGCUGGGCCUGUGCAACGCCGAGCACCUGAUGCUCGUCAUGGAGAUGGCUGCCGCCGGCCCCCUCAACAAGUUCCUCUCCACCAAAAAGGAAACUGUGUCUGUGGAGAACAUUGUCAACCUGAUGCACCAGAUAUCGAUGGGGAUGAAGUAUUUGGAGGAGAAGAACUUUGUGCACAGAGAUCUGGCAGCUCGCAAUGUCCUGCUGGUCAACCAGCAGUUCGCCAAAAUCAGUGACUUUGGGCUUUCCAAGGCGCUGGGAGCAGAUGACAACUACUACAAAGCUCGUACAGCGGGAAAAUGGCCACUGAAGUGGUACGCUCCAGAAUGUAUAAACUUCCACAAAUUCUCCAGUAAAAGUGACGUGUGGAGCUUUGGCGUCACCAUGUGGGAGGCGUUCUCCUACGGAGGAAAACCCUACAAGAAAAUGAAAGGUCAGGAGGUCACAGCCUUCAUUAACAACGGGGGCCGUAUGGAGCGUCCACCAGCGUGUCCAGAGAGGAUGUAUACACUGAUGAAAGAAUGCUGGACACAUUCCCACGAGGAUCGCCCCGACUUCAAGAAGGUCGAGGAGUCCAUGAGGACUUAUCAUUACUCCAUAUCCAGCAAGGCCAAGCCUGAUGGAGCCGAAGCUGCUGCCAUGCCUAGCAAGUAGACAGGAAGACAGGCGCAUUCUGUCCCACUGCUGCACAAAGCAUCCUUUCAACCAAGCGUUAAACUACCAAAACAAAGGGCAUUUCAUGAGCGGCGCAUAAUGAUGAGCGUUGAAUGCCGAGGAGAUACAGCUAAACGGGCCUCAUUGACAAUAAAUGUGCAUUUGUAAAUUGUUCCUGGGUGUUUCAGCUGUGUAAGGAGGGUUGCUGUAGGUUUGUGUGUCUGUCCUGGUCUGAAUGUUAAGUGUCUUUGCAUUGAUGACAGAACUAAUUCUGUAUUCUGGUAUUUCUAGACUGUAUGGCACAUGAAGAAGUUUUUUUUUUCUGUACUUUCACCUUAAAGCAGUUUGUCUGUUUUUAUGCCAAAUAAAGUAAAACUAAC